CAUACGCUUAACCGCUUCCGAUAGCUACUUCGAUCAUCGCUUCCAGGCCAGCCCACCUGCGACACACGACUCCACGCAACUUUAGGUCGAUCAAGUCAACUGAAGCUCGACAGAUGUUGGCAGGAAACCAUGCCAGCAUAUGAAAGUGGUUCAACUUUCUCGGAUCCGGAAUCCUGAAUCCUGAAGCAUCGACAGUCACCCAAAGAGAUCAGACCAUCCCCACCACGGACCUUGAGACGUUGCCGAGUGUCGCACUCUCAGCUGAAAGCUUCUACACCCACUUCUACGUACCUCGAAUACUUUCAUCAUGGGUGGUAGGCUCUCCAUGCCCAAAGCCGCCGAUGGCAUGAGCGAAACCUCCAAGCCGACGUCGGCCAAUGCGCGAGCGCGUCUCACACGAGGCGGAGGCAUCAUCAAUGGGCGUACCGUUAUGGCACCCUUAGCCGCCCUCACCAUGGCUGGCCUUCUCUUCGUAUAUGCCCGGACGUCCAUACGCGCGGCGAAGCUCAAUGCGAAGAAACAUCGAGAAGCAGACGGUGGGCAGAUCAGUUGGCACAAGGAGAGCAUGAGGCGGCAUGGUCAGAUGGAGAGGCUGGAUGAUGACAGAGGGACAUUCAGCGAAGCUCUUAUGGGAGACAUUCGUAAAAAGAAACAGCAGAAGGUUGGGGAGAACCAGAAGGCGCCAGUGGAAAGGUCCGACAACGAUGCUGAAUUGAGGAAGAUCAUGGGAAAGAAGGACUGACUCCCGAGGGGCAGGUAGAGCUCUUGCUGCUGGAAGCAACAUAAGAAGGUCAUUAAAUAGGCCAUGGUCCUAUGAAGACUAUGGAAAGACAUGUCAAUCCCUCAAUCUACAUGUCUACGAACUUC